AUGGCGGAUGAUGAAGAAAUCGCAGUCUACGACGAGGUCGAGAUCGAGGACAUGACUUUCGACGAGACUCUACAGAUCUACCACUACCCCUGCCCGUGCGGCGACCGCUUCGAGAUCGCGCUCGCCGACCUCCAGGACGAGGAAACCGAUAUUGCGGUCUGCCCGAGCUGUAGCUUGAUGAUACGGGUAAUAUACGACCAGGACAACUUGUGGAAGCCCGACUCCGAUCCUGCCACUUCAGUUCCUAUCGCCGCUUGA